UCGGUGCCGUUUCGUGCUGCGGGGGGGUUGCGGGGCUCUCUGAGCGCCGGGUCAUUCGCUCCCCAGCAUGUGCCGGGUCUGGGGGCUGCUGUGGUGCCUCGGGUUUUGGGGCGGCAUCCCCGGGAGCCUCGGCAGUCACUACCCCUACCUCUGGAGGAACUGCUACCCCUGCUACUGGGGGCGUGCGGGGCACGGCGAGCUGCGGGCAGAUGUUGAUGAGUGCCAGGUCCACAAUGGGGGCUGCCAGCACAGGUGUGUGAACACCCUUGGGUCCUACUACUGUGAAUGCCAGCCCGGCUCCCGGCUCCACACAGAUGGCAGGACCUGCCUUGCUCUCAACACUUGUGCCCUCAACAACGGGGGCUGCGAACAGGACUGCGUCCAGGUGACCCCUGCCCAGCACCGCUGCCAGUGCCGGCCCAGCUUCCAGCUGCGGGAGGACGGGAAGAGCUGCGUCUUGAGGAACCCCUGUGCUGACCGGAAUGGGGGCUGCAUGCACCGGUGCCACAACCACCGCGGCACAGCCCGCUGCCACUGCCACCCUGGCUACCACCUGGCACCCGACAGCAAGACCUGUGAAGAUGUGAACGAGUGUCUGAGUGGAGCAGCCAUGUGUGCACACCAGUGCCUCAACACCCACGGGUCCUUCAAGUGUACCUGCAACCCGGGCUACGAGCUGGGAGCGGAUGGCAAGCGGUGCUACCGGAUAGAAAUGGAGGUUGUGAACAGCUGUGAGGUCAACAACGGGGGCUGCUCCCACACUUGCCACCACAGCAGCUUGGGCCCAGUCUGUACCUGUAACUUUGGCUACAGGCUUGAAGAGGACCAGAAGACGUGCACUGAUAUCAACGAAUGUGACAAUGGCCCUCACUGCUGUCAGCAAGACUGCUACAAUUACCCCGGGGGCUACGAGUGUGCCUGCCAGGCUGGGUACCGGCUGGGCACCGACGGCUGCGGCUGUGAUGAUGUGGAUGAGUGCUCUGCAAAUAAUGGUGGAUGUGAACACACGUGCCAGAACCAGCUGGGCUCUUUCCAGUGUGGCUGCAAGAUUGGACACAAACUGGAUGAAGACCGAAGGAGCUGCAUCCCUCUAGAGGACCCCGUGGAAGCCCUGGAUGCUCGGAGCCCCAUCAUCCGCCCCAUCCCUCAUGUGGCAAUCCUGCGAGAUGAGUUUGCCCAGCUCUUAAAUGAUGACUAUGAAGAAGAGGAGGAAGAGAUGGAAGCAAGAGGAGAGCACACACUUUCAGAGAAGUUUGUCUGCCUGGAGCACACUUUUGGCCCUGACUGCAGCCUCACCUGCCAGGACUGCCAGAACGGAGCCACCUGCACGGCAGAGGGGAGCGGCUGUGACUGCCCGGCCGGCUGGGAUGGUGUCCUGUGUGACCAGCCCUGCCCAGCUGGCACCUUCGGCAGGAACUGCAGCCAGAGCUGCCUCUGCCAGAACGGGGGCACCUGUGACCCGGUCACCGGCGCCUGCCGCUGCCCCCCUGGUGUGGCCGGACCCCUCUGCCAGGAUGGGUGCCCCAAAGGAUUUUUUGGGAAACAGUGUAGGAAAAAGUGCAACUGUGCCAACCGGGGUCGCUGCCACCGGAUCUACGGAGCCUGCCUGUGCGACCCUGGCUUGUACGGGCGGUACUGCCACUUGGCCUGUCCCAAGUGGGUGUUUGGUGCUGGCUGCUCAGAGGAGUGCAGCUGCCUGCAGCAGAACACCCGGGACUGUGACAGCAGGGACGGCUCCUGCCGCUGCAAACCCGGCUACCGUGGCAAGCGCUGCGAGGAGGACUGUGAGCCUGGCUACUACGGGGAUGGGUGUAAGGAGAGGUGUAGCUGCUCUCCCCACGUACCCUGUGACCACAUCACUGGACAGUGCCAGAAGGAGUGUCCCCAGGGCUACCACGGGGACAACUGUGACCAAGAGUGUCCGGAGGGGAGGUUUGGAGCUGGCUGCCAGCAGUCCUGCUCCUGUGGUGGAGCACCCUGUGACCCAAGCUCUGGGCAGUGCCGCUGUCCUCCGGGCUGGACCGGCCACCACUGCGGCCAAGCUUGCCCUGAUGGUCGCUGGGGUCUGGGCUGCCAGGAAAUCUGUCCCCAGUGUGCCAACAAUGCCAGCUGUGACCCUGUUACUGGAGCCUGCCUGUGUCCCCCCGGCUACACCGGCCACCUCUGCCAGGAUGCAUGUCCACCUGGCUGGUUUGGCCCAGACUGCCAGGAGAGCUGCAGCUGUGGCAACGAGGGACAUUGCCAUCCUGUGACGGGGACGUGCAGCUGCCCGCCGGGCUGGACAGGCUACAACUGCCAGAGAGCCUGUGACACCGGGCGCUGGGGUCCCGACUGCGCCCAUCCCUGCAACUGCAGCGGCAGCAGCGGGGGCUGCAGCGCCGAGACAGGACGGUGCCUCUGCCAGCCCGGCUACACCGGGAGCCACUGCCACCAGAAGUGCCCAGAGGGAUGGUUUGGGCUGAGCUGUCAGCACCAGUGUCAGUGUGACAACGGGGCUGCCUGUGACCAUGUCAGUGGGGCCUGUACCUGCAGCCCGGGCUGGCGAGGAACCUUCUGUGAGCAUGCCUGUCCUGAGGGAUUUUAUGGUCUGGAGUGCCGGGAAGCCUGUGACUGCCUGAAUGGUGCCCACUGUGACCACAUCACUGGCCAGUGCCACUGUCCCCCGGGCUGGUAUGGCCCUCGCUGCAGCCAGGCCUGCCAGGGGAACAGGUACGGCCAGGACUGCAGCCAGACCUGCAGCUGCUCCAACGCUGCCUCCUGCCACCACGUCAGCGGCCGAUGUCUGUGUGCGCCUGGCUGGACGGGACCCACCUGCCAGGAAGCCUGCCCGGUGGGCUUCUACGGGGAGAGCUGCCUGCAGCGCUGCCUCUGCCAGAACGGUGGCACCUGCGACCCUGUCACAGGGCUCUGUGCCUGCCCUGCGGGCUGGACAGGCUUGGCCUGUGAGCUGGAGUGUGCCCCAGGUGAGCACGGGGCCGGCUGCCGGCAGCGCUGCCAGUGCCAGCAUGGGGGGCUCUGUGACCCCCGCACCGGGCACUGCCUCUGCCAGCCUGGCUGGACGGGCCAGAACUGCCAGAACCCUUGCCCCGAGGGGCUGUUCGGGGCACGCUGUGAAGAGCCCUGUGACUGUGGGGACAACGUCUCCUGCCACCAUGUUACUGGUGCCUGUGACUGUCCCCAGGGCUGGAGGGGCCGGCGCUGCGAGAAAGCAUGCCUGCCGGGUUGGUUCGGGAAGGACUGUGCCAGGCGCUGUGGCUGUCCCCUGGGAGUGCCCUGUCACCAUGUCACCGGGCAGUGCGGCUGCCCCCCGGGACUCACCGGCUCCGGAUGUGAAAAACCCUGCCUGCCCGGGACCUUUGGCGAGGGCUGCAGCCAGAUCUGCCAGUGUGCUGGAGCCACCCAGGAGUGUCACCCUGUCACUGGGGCAUGUGUCUGUGCCCCUGGCUUCCAUGGCCCCACUUGCCAGCUGGAGUGCUCCCCUGGGUGGUAUGGCCACAACUGCCAGAGACCCUGUGAGUGCAGGAACGGGGGCCUGUGUGACAGUGCCACUGGGAUGUGCCACUGCCCAGCUGGGUACAUUGGUGCUGACUGCAGUGUGGGAUGUCCUGCUGGUCACUAUGGCAAGGAUUGUGCACAGAUCUGCUCCUGUGGGGACAACGCUACCUGUCACCCUGUCACUGGAGACUGUGUUUGCCCUCCAGGGAGAAUGGGUCCUGCCUGCCAGCAGGGCUGUGAGAAGCACCGGUACGGGGUGAGCUGCCAGCAGACCUGCUCCUGCCACAACGGGGGGCUGUGUGAUGCUGCCGAUGGAUCCUGUGCGUGUGCUCCUGGCUGGAUGGGGAAAUCCUGUGAAUUAGAAUGCCCCCCGGGAAGGUACGGUGCCAACUGCCAGCUCCGCUGUGCCUGCCUGCACAAUGCCACCUGUGACCCGGGGACCGGCGCCUGCCGCUGCUCCAAGGGACACUACGGGGCCCUCUGCGAGCACAGUUGUCCCCCGGGAUUCCAUGGAGCCGGCUGCCGGGAGCGCUGCGACUGUGAGCACGGAGCGGGCUGUGACCCGGGCACUGGCCGCUGCCGCUGUCCUGCUGGGCUCCGUGGAGAGCGCUGCCAGACAGGCUGUGAGGAAGGAACCUACGGUGAGGGGUGCCAGCAACUCUGUGACUGCGUCGGCAACGCGUCCUGCGACCCGGCCACGGGGCACUGUCGGUGUCCCCCAGGAAAAACUGGCCCCAAGUGUGGCUCAGACUGCCGACCCACCCAGUAUGGCCCAGACUGCAGCCUGGGCUGCCAGUGUCCCCCCAGCACCUCCUACUGCAACCCUCGGAAUGGUCAGUGCCUCUGUCUGAACGGCCACGUGGGACCCACCUGCCGGGAAGGACAGUCUGAUCUCUUUGCAGGCCAUCCACCUCAUCUGCCCUCAGCCGAGCACCUCUCACCUCCACUCCAGGUCGAGCACUAAGUCCUGCUGCCACUGGAGCUCCCUUGGUGCCACCAAGCAGCCACCUGAAGAAGCCAAACAACCUAUUUAAGGGACCUGUUUACAAGACACAUGGGCUGGUUGUGUUUUCUGACAAAACUGGUGCUUUUGGAGCUGCCUGAGCAAGGCUGGAGCAUGGAGCAUCCCUAGCUCACCAUGGCAGCUGGACACAGACACCAGCACUGGUGCUCACUCUCAGCUGGGCACCAGAAGGGACAGGUCAGAAGUGAAGAGACUUUGAUGGCUUGUGGCAAAUUGCUGGCCUUCAUCUUCUGGGUGCUGGGCCAGGGGCGAGGGCUGAAAUUAUGGCCAAAAAUAGGUAUUUAUGCAACAAUAUUUAUGGGAAGCUGUACAGUGGUGGUGUCAGAAUUGAAGGCUGAGCA